AUGUGUACUUGUAAUAACGGUUACAAAGGUAACGGCAUCACUUGUCAAGAUAUCGACGAAUGUAUUACUAAUAACCUGAAUGUGUGUAGUAAUAACUCGAACUGCGUUAAUACGAACGGAUCAUACGACUGUCUAUGUAAUACUGGAUUCUCUGGAAACGGAUUAAUAUCUUGUACAGAUAUAGACGAAUGUUCAAAUAAUCUAGAUAACUGUCACACUAACGCUCAAUGUAUUAACUCAGUCGGAUCUUAUACGUGCCAAUGUAAUAACGGAUAUGUAGGCGAUGGUAGAACGUGUAACGAUGUCGAUGAAUGUCUAUCAGAAUUAAAUCGAUGUUCAAUCCACGCUUAUUGUAAUAACACGAUUGGAUCUUAUACUUGUCAAUGCAACAUAGGAUUUUCGGGUAACGGAAUAUCUUGCAACGAUAUUAACGAGUGUACAACAGAAACUUACAGCUGUUCUAUCUACGCAAACUGUAAUAACACUAUUGGAUCGUAUAUGUGUACUUGUAAUAACGGUUACAAAGGUAACGGCAUCACUUGUCAAGAUAUCGACGAAUGUAUUACUAAUAACCUGAAUGUGUGUAGUAAUAACUCGAACUGCGUUAAUACGAACGGAUCGUACGACUGUCUAUGUAAUACUGGAUUCUCUGGAAACGGAUUAAUAUCUUGUACAGAUAUAGACGAAUGUUCAAAUAAUCUAGAUAACUGUCACACUAACGCUCAAUGUAUUAACUCAGUCGGAUCUUAUACGUGCCAAUGUAAUAACGGAUAUGUAGGCGAUGGUAGAACGUGUAACGAUGUCGAUGAAUGUCUAUCAGAAGUACAUCGAUGUUCAAUCCACGCUUAUUGUAAUAACACGAUUGGAUCUUAUACUUGUCAAUGCAACAUAGGAUUUUCGGGUAACGGAAUAUCUUGCAACGAUAUUAACGAGUGUACAACAGAAACUUACAGCUGUUCUAUCUACGCAAACUGUAAUAAUACUAUUGGAUCGUAUAUGUGUACUUGUAAUAACGGUUACAAAGGUAACGGCAUCACUUGUCAAGAUAUCGACGAAUGUAUUACUAAUAACCUGAAUGUGUGUAGUAAUAACUCGAGCUGCGUUAAUACGAACGGAUCAUACGACUGUCUAUGUAAUACUGGAUUCUCUGGAAACGGAUUAAUAUCUUGUACAGAUAUAGACGAAUGUUCAAAUAAUCUAGAUAACUGUCACACUAACGCUCAAUGUAUUAAUACUCUUGGAUCAUUCCGUUGUCGUUGUAAAUCUGGCUAUUACGGAAAUGGUAUCUCUUGUACUCCGAUUGUUACCUGCUAUGGAAAUAAUAACUGCGAUACCAAAGCAAGCUGUCUCAUAUAUAAUAAUAACUACUAUUGCAGCUAUGGCCAAUUUUCUGCAACUUCUAGAAUAUUUGUAAGCCAAUACUCCACAUUUAAUCCAACCACUAAAACAGCGGAAAUCUUAAAAAAUGCAACUAGCGAUAUUAAUCAGUAUCAGAGUUUCAUUGCUAUACAUUCUUCCACUUCAAAUAACUACGGUUUAUAUGAUACAAUCGUGCCCGAUUUUAACGCAACUUCAGUAACUACCAUUACAUGUGCAACUGGAAAUUAUGGUAAAAAAGGCAGAUGGAUGUACAGAGUUGAUGAUCCCUCUAUAAAUCAUAUUAAUUAUGCUCAACGUUGCCGAACUUGGUUCGUCAAUGAACCAUUACCAGAUGUUUAUCUAAAUGAAUUACUACGAAGGCUAUGCCCUUGCUCUAUCCUUCAAGCUAUUCGUGAUAGACGAUUUAGAUUAAACUUGAAUACAUUUUACGUGAGAUCAAGGUUUUCACGAAGAGUUUCCAUUGACGAGCGUGUAUAUCAACGAUGCUGCUGCUCUUCAGCAGGAAAAUCUUUCGGUUCAUUAAUUACUAGAUAUCCCUUUGGAAGCUCAUUUAUUUUCAGGAAUACUACCUUACAAGCCAGAAACAAUGAGGCUCUAACGGAUUGUUGCAUGCGAUCUAGCCUAUGUAGUCUCUACUUAAAGAAAAGACCUAUCAAUAAAUGUGUUGGAUAUAAAGCACCGCGAAAAGCGUGGUUCUGGGGUGAUCCUCAUGUAAGGACAUUUGAUGGAAAACUAUACACCUUCAAUGAACUGGGUGAAUAUAUUCUAUUGCAAACUAUAAAUAAAAAUUUUCAGUUACAAGGACGUACAAUGAAAGCUAUUAGAAAUAGCUCACUAUCUGCGGCUGCUACCGUAUUCUCUGCAUUCGCUACUAUGGAAAUUGGUGCAGAUAUUGUCCAAUUUACACUUAAUUCGACUUUUAAUGGUAUCGAUAUCUUAGUCAAUAGAACAAUAUCUUUUAAUAUGGACAGCCUCUCUGAAAAUGAAACCCGUGAAUUUAAUAAUGUCGAUGUUACCAGAUUAUCAAAUAUAACAGUAGCUGCGAUCUUUACGUCUGGAGUAUCUAUGGAAGUUACACUAUUAACACAAAUGCUAACUAUUGCUUUCAAUGGACCUGAUGAAAUUAAAGGUAUAACAUCUGGCCUUUUAGGUACUUGGAAUGAUAAUAUCAAUGAUGAUUUCAAACGACCGAAUGGAUCAUACUUGAAUAUCAAUUCAACAGAAUCCCAAAUAUUUUACAAUUUUGGCCAAUUAUGGAUGAUUAAUGCUAGUGAUUCACUUUUUACCUAUCCUAAUGGUCUAUCGGCUAGUAAUUAUUCAGAUUCAAACUUUACGCCAAUCUUUGGUCAAAAUAUUCAAGCAUUAUUUGCUAAUAAUACGGAACUCUAUAACCAAGCCGUAGCAUAA